AUGUCACUUCAAUUUCAGGUGUUAGAAACUGACAAGCAUAACGCGUUGGUUGUACGCGCCGCAAACGUGAUUGAACAACUAGUCAGCGGUUUGGGUUCAAAUUACGCGGCCUAUGCAGAACGCACACUAAGCGCUUGUUUGAAUAAGGCAAAAGGGACCAAUCAACACAUUGUCCAGGCACUUCGGUCCACCUCGCGCGCCGUUUUGCAAACGGUCUCCCUCGAUACUGCAUUACGACCAAUCCUGGCGGCCAUCGGUAGUCCAGCCACAGGGACCCAAAUUGAAGCAACUGGUCUGCUUGCUCACUGUCUGGUUCUCCACAACCCAUCCACGAAACAGGGGGCCGAACUGAACUCAUCUCAACGCGUACGCGUUGUAAAACCUUUACUCACGACCUUGUCCAAACUGUCUCAGCAUCGAACACCGGAAUGUCGUGACGCCAGUUUUCAAGCGUUUGCUGCUACACGUCUAUUCCUAGACAUGUCGCCAUCAAACUUCGCUUCUUUCACCGAUGGUUUACUGGAUGACCAACGCCGAUUGAAAGUAGACGUAGCUUAUGAUAUGCUCAAGAGUAAAGCCGAAACAAUGUGCACAAAUUCAAAACGUGAUGUGCAGGCCUCGUUGGAUUUCACCGAUGAUUUAGAACCGCAGCAAUCCAAGAAGAAGGGCAAAAGAACGGAAAAGUCUAAGAAGAAUCGCAUCCCAAUCGAACUUACGGACGAACCGCCAUCCUCAGGAACUCGAUCUCGACGACCACUUGCAGAAAGGAAUCAGGAAGCAUCAGAGACGACGUCAAAAUCUACCGGGGGUGGUGGCAUAAAUGUGCCCGGAACCCGGAAGCAGAUAUCCAAACCGGCUCCCAAACGUGGUCGUCCAUUGAACAGUGAUGCAUAUGAAGUCCUCUCAUGGGGUGAUUUGUGUGAUCGUUUAUCUGAGUACCUGAACAACAUGGAUUUGGAUCAGUUAAAAUCUACCAAUUGGAAAACUCGGCUGGAAAUUAUGCAGACAUUAAAGAAAAAUGUCCUGAUUCAGUCACCAUCGGGACAACAAAUCAAGUGGCUCAUGCACUUUGUCAUUCAAAGUGAUCGCUUGAAGGACAUCAACUUUCAAGUUCGCAACACUGCUUUAGAUAUCAUUCUGGCCCUUAUCCCGAGCAACAAAAAGACGAUUUCCUCCACUCUGGAUGACCAUUUGGUGGGUCUACUGUGUCAGCACGUGAUCCCCUCACUGGGAGAAGUGAAAUCGACUCCAUCUGCUAAGCAGAUUCUAACUCGUUUGGCAUCUUGUUUGCCGGUGACUGGACAUCUGCUCAGUGCUUUCCAAGGUUCGGUUAAACCGCCACUUCUGGUUGGCAUCAUUGAGUGGCUGACCGAGAAUACAUUGAAUCUUGCCUUGAGCUUCGAUCUCCAGGAAUUGGCAGUAGUUCUGAAAUCUGCGUUUGCCUCAAACAAUCCGUCUGUUCGGAGCUCUGCCAUCCGUUUUGCUGCUCGCGUCCACGUGGCCUCCGGAUCCGAUGGCCAACUACGGCGUUUAUUGGCCGAUGAGAAACCGGCUCUGCUUGCCAGACUAGAUGAGGAACUGACUGUAGCUGAGAGCGAAGCUGCCCAGCGAUCUUCGUCUUCGACAUGUAGAAGAGAGUCCUGUCGUUUGUCUGAUGCACGAUCUUCUUGUUCUUCAUCUAGCGCUGCUGGAUCAGGACAGCCGAAACGAGUAGACGUGACUAUUUUGAAAGGUGAUGCUCCACUAGUUAACAGACUGCUAGCCGAAGGGUCCGCUUCGGACGAUGACGAUGAGAUGAAUUGGUCUGAAACCACUCCGAUGUGA